AGAAACAUCUCUUUUCGGGUAUUAUCAGUGGAAUUCCGUAGCAGCGUUGCUACACUUGAAGAUAACAAAAUUAUUGGUUUACAGCUUUAAUCGUAUCAGUUCCGGCAUGGAUCGUUCGAUCACACAGACAGUUCCCAAAGGGUUGCUAUACCUACUGAUGUGUCUGGUCACAGCGGGCGGCUUCACAAUGGAGGAGCGGUGCCAGUACUGGGCUGGUCCGGGGUUUAUCGGGGACUCCAACGACUGCCAAGCCUGGGGGUACUGCAAGGACAACAAAUUGGAGUCUAGUAACCGCUGCAAGAUCGGCCUGCUGUAUGACUUCCGUGACGGGUCUUGCAAGCUCCCUAGCGAGGUCAAUUGCCAAACCACUCUCACGGACGCCUGUGCCAUAACGAGGCCGGGAGAAUAUGCUGCCGACCCCACGGACUGCGCCAGGUACAUAAAGUGCGGCCAGACGGACUCCGAUGAUGAAGUAGAGAGAAUCUGCGGCGACUAUCAGCUGUUCAGCAACCAACUGCAGACCUGUGUGGCGGACACACAAGGUUGUCCGCAAGACUACCCUUGCGCCCAUAUGCAAGACUCUACUCUCCUGGCGGAUCCAAACAGCUGCCGGUCCUACCUGAGGUGCAAGAAUGGAUUGAGCACCAAGUUUAAGUGUUCUUCUCGUCGAUAUUUCAACCGUCAGACUGGGCAAUGCCAGGCCUCACUCCCAGACGAAUGUGAGAGCGAUGACGAGAUCGACACCCCAGCCAUUCCGCCGGCCACAAAUGCUGACGUGUGCCCAAGACUCUACGAUCAGGCAAAAACAAGUGGCGUCCAGCUCUUGACCGAUAGCAUGACCUGCCACGGCUACUACAGGUGCAGCUCCCCGUACGCUUUAGGGAAAUGGGCCAGCUGCCCGCCGGGCACCCACUUCCAGUGGUGGCGCCAGCGUUGCGCCUCACCCGAGGAGACCAGCUGUCCAUACGAUCGCUGCGCAAAUCUGCGCUCGCGCUUUGUGGCCAUCCUCGACACGGGGUGUCGGGAUUACACACUCUGCCAGGACCAGCAGUCGGUGGGCUCGGAUACAUGUCCCCCCAUCCAUCCCUACUUCGACGAGACUUUGGGGCAGUGUGGAAAGCACUUCCCGAACUUUAGGGUCUGCUACAUAGCUUCCUAAAGUGUUUCCCACUCACAAUAAACUUAGCAUUUCGACAAUUA